AUCUUAUUUAAUUCAAUAAUGUCUCAUAAUUAAAAACUUAACUUCCUAGCUUCUACCUCAUACAUAAUCUUCAUUUCAAACCACCCUACUUAAAAAUAACAAACACAAAGUGUAAAAGGUACCUACAUAUUCCACCUAUAUUGAAGUCGGCUAGCAAUUAGCAAACAAAGUGCCAAAGUGGUAGCAUACACUUUCCCUCCCAUGUCAUGAAAUGAUUAAAGUUCAAACCACCUAUAUAUAACAAUUUAGAGACAUAUAGUACACUUCACCACCAUACCUGUGAUUACUGUCUCAUUGGACAAUUCACACAAAAAACACACUUGCUCUUCUUCUCUCUCCCUUUUUAUUUUCCAUUGAAAUUUAAAACCUCAACCACAAACUAAACCAAACCAAAUCAAAUCAAAUCAAACAACAAUGAACAUGCCCACUUCUCCCCAUGUUCUCCUACUUGUUCCACCUCUAACAAUUAUCAUUCUCAUAAUGUUCCUUCAAAUCCAAACAACCACUUCUUCUCUCUCAUCUCCCAAACAAAAACCUUUCAUAUUGCCUUUAAAAAUCCAAACACUUCCACAUGGGGCAGUUUCACUUCCAACACCUUCUUCACAUAAAAUCUCUUUCCACCACAAUGUAACCUUAACAGUUUCACUAACACUUGGCUCACCCCCACAGAAUGUUACCAUGGUCCUUGACACAGGGAGUGAACUCUCAUGGCUUCAUUGCAAAAAGCUUCCAAAUUUAACUUCCAUUUUCAACCCACUUCUCUCUAAAACAUAUACUCCUAUACCUUGUACUUCACCCGUUUGCAUGACCCGAACCCGAGAUUUCCCUGUACCCGUUUCAUGUGACCCGAAAAAACUCUGCCAUGCUACAAUCUCCUACGCCGAUGCAAGCUACAUCGAAGGAAACCUCGCCACCGAGACAUUUUUCGCCGACGGGUCAGCACAACCCGGAACCAUAUUCGGGUGUAUGGAUUCCGGGUUCAGCUCUAAUACAAAUGAAGACUCCAAAACAACCGGGUUAAUGGGUAUGAACCGUGGCUCUCUCUCAUUUGUAACCCAAAUGGGGUUACCCAAAUUCUCGUAUUGCAUCUCCGGUAAAGACUCCACCGGCGUUUUGCUCUUCGGCGAGGCGAAUUUCAAUUGGCUUGGACCAUUGAAAUACACUCCUCUAGUCAAAAUGACAACCCCAUUACCCUAUUUCGAUCGAGUCGCGUAUACAGUUCAACUCGAGGGAAUUAGGGUCGGGAAUAAGCUACUUCAAUUACCCAAAUCAAUUCUCGCACCGGAUCAUACCGGUGCGGGUCAAACCAUGGUUGAUUCGGGUACCCAAUUCACAUUUCUUUUAGGACCAGUUUACACAGCUUUACGAGAAGAAUUUCUCUCUCAAACAAAAGGGUUGUUAACCCUUUUGAACGACACAAAUUUCGUGUUCCAAGGAGCUAUGGAUUUAUGCUAUCGUGUUUCGGGUUCGGGUUCAAAUUCGGGUCGGGUGGGUCUUCCGCCAUUACCAGCAGUGACACUUAUGUUUGAAGGAGCGGAAAUGAGUGUUUCAGGAGAGAGAUUAUUGUAUAGAGUAGUUGAUGACGUGGCAACAAGAAAGUGGAACAAUGAUUUGGUGUAUUGUUUCACGUUUGGAAAUUCUGACUUGUUGGGAAUUGAGGCUUAUGUUAUUGGACAUUAUCAUCAAAUGAACGUGUGGAUGGAGUUUGAUUUGGUCAACUCUAGAGUUGGAUUUGCUGAUACUAGAUGUGAACUAGCAAGUCAACGUUUAGGGAUUUAGGUUUGUUGUGUUUUUUUAGUCUUUGGGGGGUUUUUUGGAUAAUGUUCAACUUCAACACAGGUGGCCUACAAUUGUGGGGAUUAUUUGUAUGGGUGGGUCAUGGAUAUUUGUGUAUGGCAGAUAGGUUAGGUAAAUACUUCAUACCAAAUAUGUAUUAGUUUUGGUUAUAAUAUAAUAAAAAAAAUGUAUUAGUUUUGUUGUUUUGUUUAUUGAUGUUACUAUCUUAAUUAUUCUAUUUUAUUAGGUUUUAUUAAAUAACUAAUGUAUUAGUUUUGGUUAUAAAAAAAAUGUAUUAGUUUUGUUGAAAAAAAUAUAGAGAUU